UUGCGUUCGUCACUCCAAAGGCUGCCUGCAAGUCAAUAUACCCACCUUCCCUCACCUAUCUUCUCCUCUGCUCGGUGCCUCACCCUCUCUUCCUCGGUUCCUCCUUCCCACCUUGUUCAGUUGUUCCUCCUCUGUAUCCCUUCCCCUUUCUGAAUCCUAGCCAUACAUAGUCUUCUGCCGAGGAGAGAGCAGGCGAUCGGAGAUGGAUGACGUCUCCGGCGGUUCGUCCUGGCCGUACGCCAAGAAGCCGCACCAGCUGUCGCGGUCGAUGACGUACCACCACCCGUACCAGGGCCAGGGCCGCCGCCUGCAGCCCGCGCGGCGUCACCAGCUCCAGGACGAACCCCGCGCGCGGAUCCCGCCGCAGCAGGCGGUGGUGCUCUACACGACGUCGCUCCGCGGCGUGCGCCGCACGUUCGCCGACUGCUCCGCGGUGCGCGCCGUGCUGCGCGGCUUCCGCGUGGCCGUGGACGAGCGCGACGUCUCCAUGGACGCCGCGCUCCGGCGGGAGCUCCAGGGGCUACUCGCGGCGAGGGGCCGCGCCUUCGCUCUCCCGCAGCUCUUCGUCGGGGGCCGCCUUUUAGGCGGCGCCGACGAGGUCAGGCAGCUGCACGAGGCCGGCGAGCUGCGGCGCCUCCUCGAUGGCGCCGCGGGGCAGGACCCGGCCUUCGUCUGCGACGCCUGCGGGGGCGUCCGCUUCGCGCCCUGCCCCGCCUGCGCUGGCUCCCGCAAGGUUUUCGUGGAGGAGGAAGGACGCGCCAGGCUCUGCGGCGACUGCAAUGAGAACGGCUUGGUACGCUGCCCCAAUUGCUGUUCUUGAUCGCUUGCUAUACGAACCUUUCCAUGUUGAUAGUAGAAGGAUUAGAAGUAGUACUAGUAGAUACUGGCAAGAGCAGGAACGAAGGUGCGUUUCUUGAUUUCUUGGCCUGUAAAUUUUCUUGGAUAUGCGUACUCAUCUGUAGUUUGGGUUUGCUGUUUGUGUCUGGAGGACGAGAACGAAGGAGUUCUUGCCCAUGUAGUUGUGAAUCUUGCGGUGCCGCAAAAUAAUCACGUUUGGUGAUUACGAGCUGUGCUUAGCUAUGUGUUUGUAUGUAUAUCAAAUAUUCUGCACUCGAGUUGGUUGGAUGAAUGAAUGCAAGUAACUGGGUUUGCAAUGAUCGUUA